AUGAGCAAGGAGGCAGCGGAGGCUCUGGUCAGCAAUUUUGAAGCUGACGCUUUAAAUGAAACCAAUUUAUUCAAGUCACUCAAGGUUGGCAAGAGUGAACUGCAACACCGUGCUGUGUUGGCUCCUUUGACAAGGAUGAGAGCACUCUACCCGGGCAACGUUCCAAAUGGUAAACUAGCAGGCGAAUACUACGAGCAACGCUCAAGAAGACCAGGAACUUUGAUUAUCACAGAAGGUACAUUUACUUCGGCGCAGAGUGGAGGGUACGAUAAUGCGCCUGGGAUAUGGUCUCAGGAACAGAUCACCGAAUGGAAGGGAAUCUUUUCAAAGAUUCACAAGAACAAAUCAUUUGUAUACCUUCAAUUGUGGGUUUUGGGUAGACAAGCUUAUGCUGAUUCGCUUGCUAGAGACGGUCUUCGUUACGAUUCUGCCUCCGACGGAGUUUACAUGGACGAAGAACUAAAGGAAAAAGCCUUAAAGAGUAACAACCCGCAACACGGCCUAACUAACGACGAGAUCAAGCAGUAUGUUGAGGAUUAUGUCCAGGCCGCCAGAAACGCGAUCGAGGCGGGAGCGGAUGGCGUCGAGAUACACAGCGCCAACGGGUACUUGUUGAACCAGUUUUUGGAUCCUAUUUCUAAUAAGAGAGCUGAUGAAUAUGGUGGAUCGAUUGAAAACAGAGCGCGUUUUACUUUAGAAGUAGUCGACGCACUUAUUGAAGCUGUCGGCCACGAUAAGGUCGCUAUAAGAUUCUCUCCUUACGGAACGUUCGGUGGUAUGUCUGGCGGUCGGGAUUUAGGACUAGUUGCUCAAUAUGCUUACGUCAUCGGUGAAUUGGAAAGAAGGGCCAAUCAAGGGCGUCGUUUGGCAUACAUUCAUCUAGUUGAACCUCGAGUUACUAGCCCAGAAUUCACUGAGGGUCAAAAUGCGUACCUUGACGGAACGAAUGAUUUUGCUCUUUCAAUCUGGAAAGGGCCCAUAAUCAGAGCCGGUAAUUUGGCUCUCCAUCCCGAGGUUGUGAGGGAGAUGAUCGAAGAUGACAGAACGUUGAUCGCUUAUGGACGACUAUUCAUUGCCAACCCAGAUCUCCCUGAUCGUAUCGCCAAAGGUCUACCCUUAAAUCCAUAUGAUAGAAACACGUUCUACUUUCCUGGUAGCGAAGGUUAUAUAGAUUACCCGUUUUAUAAAGAUAGCGCAUUGCCUGCUUAA